UAACCGUUAUUAAUCAUCAUCCCUAAUAAAUCCGCCAAAUUAAAAAAAUUAAAAUAAUCAUGUUCAAUAGAAACAUGACAACCUUCUUUAUUAAUACUCACUAGCGGCUGACCCCUCCAUUUUUUAUUCUUUUCCUCAAAAAUCACGAUUUUUUUCCCAGGUAGUGAAAGGAUUUUCUAAUUUCUAGCCACCCUUUUGAGAUUUAAGCUUGUUCGUUAGAAAUGAAGAGGCAGAUUAUGACGGAUUCGAGUUCAUCGAGUGUUGGAGAAGAGAGUGAGGUAGUUAGGGAAUUGAUGGAAGUGAUAGAGACUGUUGGAUCCUAUGCUGGAUUCAAGAAGACUCAAAGGAAAGAGUGUUUGAAUUUGGUGAGGAGAUUGAAGCUUUUGGUGCCACUUUUGGAGGAGAUAAGGGAGCUUGAUAAAUCCGUUGUUUCGGUUUCGGCUUUGAAUUCUCUGGUUGGUUUGAAGAAAGCACUGCUUGGAGCAAAGAAGUUGUUGAAGAAUUGUAACUAUGGAAGCAAGAUAUAUUUGGCAAUGGAAAUUGAGGCAGUGAUGUGUAGAUUUCAUGCUGUUUAUGACAAACUAAAUCAGGCUCUUGAUGACAUGCCUUAUGAUGAGCUCGGAGUUUCAGUUGAAGUGAAAGAGCAAGUUGAGCUGAUGCAAAUGCAACUUAAAAGGGCAAAGAGGCGGACGGAUACACAAGAUAUGGAAUUAGCAAUGGAUAUGAUGGUUGUGUUAUCUAAAGAGGAUGACAGGAAUGCAGACAGGGCUAUACUAGAAAGACUAACAAACAAGCUAGAAUUACAUACCAUUGCAGACUUGAAAGCGGAAACAGCAGCUAUCAGAAAACUGGUAAAACAAAGAGGUGGACAGACUGAAACCAUACAGCAAAUUUUAGAUCUUCUGGGAAAGUUCAAACUAAUUGCAGGGAUUGAUGAAACUGUUUCACUUGAUGGUCCGAUUUCAACUGGAACUCUCCACAGGUGUCAAUCUUCGUUAAUACCUCAUGAAUUUCUAUGCCCAAUUACAUUAGAAAUCAUGGCAGAUCCUGUUAUUGUGGCAACUGGACAGACUUAUGAAAGAGAAAGCAUCCAAAAGUGGUUAAAUUCCAACCAUAGAACCUGUCCAAAGACCGGACAAACUUUAGAUCACAUGGCUUUAGCACCAAAUUUUGCACUCCGCAACCUUAUUCUGCAAUGGUGCGAGAAGAAUAAUUUUGAACUGCCUAAGAAGGAUAGCUAUGCAACUUCUGAUAAUUGUUCUGCUGAACUCAUGGAAGAAAUAUCCUCAUUGGUUCAAAAUCUCUCUUCUAGUCAGCCAGAAGUGCGCAGAGAUGCCAUUGUGAAGAUCCGCAUGCUCUCAAAAGAGAAUCCAGAAAACAGAAUUUUCAUUGCAAACAACAGAGGAAUCCCUCAUUUAGUUCAGCUAUUGUCCUACCGUGACUCCAAGAUUCAAGAACACACUGUCACUGCCCUCUUGAACUUGUCAAUUGAUGAGACAAACAAAAGGAUUAUAGCCAGAGAAGGAGCUAUUCCUGCCAUCAUUGAGAUCCUCCGAAAUGGAACUGAUGAAGCUCGAGAGAAUUCUGCUGCAGCUUUAUUUAGCUUAUCAAUGCUUGAUGAGAACAAAGUUUUAGUGGGAAACUUCAAUGGAAUCCCACCAUUAGUAGAUCUUUUGCAAAAUGGGACAAUCAGAGGUAAAAAGGAUGCAGCCACUGCACUCUUUAACUUGACUUUAAACCAAGCCAACAAGUCUAGAGCCAUUAAAGCAGGUAUCAUACCACCAUUGCUUCAUUUACUCGAGGAUAAAAAUUUGGGCAUGAUUGAUGAAGCACUCUCAAUCUUGUUACUCGUUGCAUCACAUCCCGAGGGUCGAAACGAAAUUGGUCGAUUGUCAUUCAUCAAAACUCUGGUAGAAAUCCUAAGAAGUGGGACUCCCAAGAACAAGGAAUGUGCCGUGUCAGUUCUUCUAGAGUUGGGGUUAAACAAUUCGUCCCUUAUUUUAACUGCACUUCAGUUUGGUGUUUAUGAACCCCUGAGAGAGAUCACCAUAACUGGAACAAACAGAGCUCAAAGAAAAGCUAAUUCCCUAUUACAGCAUAUGAGUAAGUGUGAACAUAUUCCUUGAACUUCCUCAAACAGUUCCAAGUUGUCUGUAAGUUUGUGCCUACUAAUGUUAUGGUCUCUGCGUAACUCAAAAUCAAUCACAUUAUUUUUCUUUUGCUUCAUUAUCUCAGUUGUAUCAUCUGUGGCUUCACAACAUAUUAGAGAUUGUGAAUUUUGUGCCAGUACAUACUUCAAAUCUAUAUAUCCGAGAAUUUGGAGUUGUUUUUCUGUUUCCCUUUUUUUUUUUUAAGUGAACA